CGCUGCAAGGACCGCUUGAAUUCCCUGGCCAUCUCCGUCAUGAACCAGUGGCCGGGGGUGAAGCUGAGGGUGACGGAGGGCUGGGAUGAAGAUGGGCACCACUCGGAGGAGUCGCUGCAUUACGAGGGCCGAGCCGUGGACAUCACGACCUCAGACCGGGACCGCAACAAGUAUGGCAUGCUGGCUCGCCUGGCCGUGGAGGCUGGCUUUGACUGGGUCUACUAUGAGUCCAAGGCGCACAUCCACUGCUCCGUCAAAUCAG